AAACCUACCCUCGCCCAGCUCUUGGCCUCCUCACAAAACCCUCGCCCCUCUCACAAACCUCUGCGUCCUUCGUUCUCACACGCCCUUGCCCCUCUCUCACGUCCUUGUCUUCUCACAGACCCACAAGCGGGGAUCCAUUUCGCAAGUCUUAUAUAAAAUAUACCUCAUCUUCUUCAAGCGAGGAUCCAUUUGUAAGCUUUCAUCUUCUUCCACAAGGCAAAAAAUUCGGAUACAAUCUUAAUUCAUUGCAUUAAAGCAGAUAUGAGUGCUCGGAUAUUUUUUGCCUGCUCAGCUGCUGCUCGCUCAAUAUCAUGGAGCUUUGGCACCCGUUCUAGUGGUUUAUUGAGAGCUUCCGAUGAUAUGCUGGCAGUGCCAAGUUUGAGUAAUCUAUUAUCUCAGCAAACCCGAACAUUCAUACAAAUGAGAACAAAUCUCAAAGUUGUGGAUAACUCUGGUGCUAAGCGGGUUAUGUGCAUACAAGCUUUGAAAGGGAAGAAAGGAGCAAGGCUUGGAGAUACCAUAAUUGCAUCAGUGAAAGAAGCUCAGCCUCGAGGUAAAGUGAAGAAAGGGGAGGUUGUGUACUGUGUCGUUGUUCGAGCUGCCAUGCCACGUGGGCGUUGUGAUGGUAGUGAAAUAAAGUUUGACGACAAUGCUGUAGUUCUAGUCAACAAGCAAGGGGAGCCAAUAGGCACCCGUGUCUUUGGUCCGGUGCCUCAUGAGCUCAGGAAGAAAAAGCUUGUCAAGAUAUUGACCUUAGCUGAACAUAUUGCUUGAACUCUCUCUCUCUCUCAUAUGGAAUUUCAAACCCAAAGAUGCCAUCAAGUUUAGGAACGAACCUAUAGGUGCCCAUUGAGCUUAGGAAGGCUGUUUUUGUUAAUUGAAUGAUCCUAACUGAACAGAAUUGUUUGGCUAUGAUCUUGUUUGUUUUUUUUUUUAAACCUAAAACAAUCUUGCUGGGUUUCUUCCUGAUUGACCAUGAAUAUUCUCUUUCAUUUGGUAUGUAAUAUAAGAGCAUGUUGUUGCUCCAUUAACGCUUAUGCAAUGAAGCUCAGGUGGAAUAUGAUCUCAAAUUUUCCCUUUUCA